UAUUACCAAUAGUAGAUUAAGUGCAAAUAGUAGUAAAUUUAAAAUAAAUAGUGAAAAAUUGGAGAGCUUUUUAAAUAAAUCGUCAACACAAGCCGCAGUUAAGUCGGCAACAUACAACGUUUCGCCUGCAAUUGCAAUGACAACAGCAACGAUAACCACAGCAUCGACAACGAAACCCACAAGCACAACACAAAAAAUGAUACGCAGUCGUUUAAGCACUGACGGGUUACAUAGAAUACGUGAAAAUGUAAUGCUACCAUCGGCGGAUCCGGAACGAGAAGCACAAAUCUUAUAUGAGAAAUCAUUGUUGGAAUAUCACGGUAGCGCUGUCACCUCGACGCCUACGACGCCAAACUAUGGUGCUGCCAAUAAAAGAAAUGAUGACAAAAGUAGUUCACCAACGCGCACUUUGCAUAGCGUCUGUGAGAUGUGGCUGCACAAACAUUGUCACUGUACGGGCACAGUGCAACGCCUGUCCAUAAGUUGUCGCAGCAUUGGCAUUCUGGCUGUGCCCGUAGAGCUGCCAAAUGAUGUUGUUGUCCUAGAUCUGGGCAACAACAACAUUACAAAUCUUGAUGCUAAUUCAUUUUUUAUGGUACCAAGUCUUGAGGAAUUAACCCUAUCAGACAAUAGCAUUGCAACAAUUGAUCAGAAUGCAUUCUAUGGACUGGGCAAAUUGAAACGUUUAAGCUUACAAAAUUGUGGCCUUAAGUCCCUGCCAGCUAAUUCCUUUCAGGGAUUGACUAAUCUGAUUUCACUGCAAUUAAAUGGCAACGCCUUAGCGAGCAUGGAUAGCGAGAGCCUGCACCAUCUGCCAAAAUUGCGCACACUACGUCUUGAAGGCAAUUUAUUCUAUCGGAUACCGACAAACGCUUUGGCUGGAUUAAAGACUCUAGAAGCACUCAAUCUUGGCAGCAAUUUACUGACAAUAAUCAAUGAUGAGGAUUUUCCACGUAUGCCAAAUUUAAUUGUGCUUUUAUUGAAGCGAAAUCAAAUCAUGAAAAUCUCUUCGGGUGCCUUUACAAAUUUAACGGCUUUAAAAGUUUUAGAAUUGGAUGACAAUUUAAUCAGCAGAUUACCCGAAGGGCUGAACAAGUUAACACAUCUACAAGAAUUUUCGGCCACCAGCAAUCGCCUGCGUUGGGUUAAUGACACCGAUUUGCCUAGAAAUCUACAAACAAUUGAUUUUCGAGCUAAUCCAUUAUCACUAAUCGUACCAGGGGCUUUUCGCAUCAUGCCGAAAUUGCGCAAAUUAAUUUUAUCCGAUGUCCGUUCUUUAAAAACUUUUCCCGACUUGGAAGGUUGCUACUCAUUAGAAAUAUUAAAGUUAGAUCGUGCGGGUAUAACUGAUGUGCCGGUUAAUUUGUGUCGGCAAACACCAAGACUGAAAAGUUUAGAGCUAAAGACGAAUUCCCUUGUGCGCAUUCCAAGUUUAGCUAACUGCAGAGAUUUAAGACUGUUAGAUUUGUCCAGCAAUCAUAUAGAGUCCCUACAUGGACGACCAUUUAUCGGUUUGAAGCAACUGCAUGAUUUGUUGCUGUCAUACAAUCGAAUAAAGUCAAUACCUCAAGAUGCUUUUCUUGGAAUACCAAGACUACAGCUUCUUGAUCUUGAGGGCAAUGAGAUUACACAUAUACAUAAGGAUGCCUUUGUGCCAUUUGCCGAACUCGAAGACUUAAAUUUAGGCAACAAUAUGUUUCCUGAAUUACCACCGAAUGGCUUGCAUAGACUGUUGCAUUUAAAGACUUUCAAUAAUCCCAAAUUACGAGAUUUCCCAACUCCUGACACUUUUCCGCGCAUACAAACACUAAUUCUAUCAUAUGCCUAUCACUGCUGUCCAUUUUUACCAUUAGUUGCGAUGUCAGCAACGAAAAGACCACCGCUCGUCCAAGAAGCUGUUCUAUUUCCGUCAGAUACGGAAUUCGAUAUGAGUUUGUGGAAUAACAGUAUGUUGGAUAUCUGGCCACAAUUGCAUAAUCUCAGCAAAAAAUUUGGUACUCAAAUGCACGAUAUUUGGGAUAAUUUUGGGCAAGAUUUCAACUACCCAGGCAAUCUGCCUACUUACGUGGAGGAAUAUUUUGAAGAAGAAACUACUGGUUCAUCUAUUGCAGCUACUGGUGCUGGACCUACCUAUGCAGGCAUAGGUACAGGUCUUUUUGGCACUAUAGGUGGAGAUGUCACACCUGGUUCCAUACAAUGUCUUCCUAUGCCAGGCCCAUUUUUACCUUGCGCUGACUUAUUCGAUUGGUGGACACUACGCUGUGGUGUUUGGGUAGUAUUUCUUCUGGCAUUACUCGGAAAUGGCACUGUAGUAUUUGUACUUAUUUUUUCGCGUUCUAAAAUGGAUGUGCCACGUUUUCUAGUCUGUAAUCUAGCAGCCGCUGAUUUCUUUAUGGGAAUAUACUUAGGCAUUUUGGCAAUCGUUGAUGCCUCUACCUUGGGUGAAUUUCGCAUGUUUGCCAUACCGUGGCAGAUGUCUGUUGUGUGUCAAGUUGCUGGUUUUCUUGCAGUGCUUUCAUCAGAACUUUCUGUUUACACGUUGGCAGUCAUAACUUUGGAACGAAACUAUGCUAUUACUCAUGCCAUACACUUGAACAAGCGUCUUUCAUUAAAGCAAGCAGGUUACAUUAUGUUUAUUGGCUGGUUAUUUGCUUUAGUAAUGGCCACAUUACCACUGAUGGGUGUUUCGGACUACCGAAAAUUUGCCGUCUGCUUACCUUUCGAAACCACCACCGGCGUUGCAAGUUUAACUUACGUCGUUGCGCUAAUGUUUAUCAAUGGAUGUGCCUUUCUUACACUAAUGGGUUGCUAUCUCAAAAUGUAUUGGGCUAUACGUGGUUCACAGGCUUGGAACACAAAUGACUCACGCAUAGCUAAACGUAUGGCCCUAUUGGUAUUUACGGACUUUUUAUGUUGGUCGCCAAUAGCCUUUUUCUCCAUCACAGCCAUUUUUGGUUUGCAAUUAAUUUCAUUGGAGCAAGCAAAAAUUUUUACAGUAUUUAUUUUACCUCUCAACUCGUGCUGUAAUCCUUUUCUUUAUGCCAUCAUGACGAAGCAAUUCAAGAAGGAUUGCGUUAAUCUGUGUAAACAUUUCGAAGAAACACGUGUAACACGUGGUGUAGUUGGCAAACGUGGAGAAAGACCUAUUAAAGAACUGCCACCUUUGCUACCAGCUGCACAUCCUCCAGGCUGUCGCUGUCUUCGCAUGAUGCCAAGCGAAAUGCCGAAUUGGCACAAAAUGCAAGAACAACCAGAAAAUUUAUGGACACGUGCUUGGAAACGAUUGGCAAUAUGUUGCCAAUGUUGCUGUCGUGAAACUCAACAUAAACAGCAUAAAACUGAGAGACGUACCCGGGCACGAAAUGCAAACACUGAUCCGUAUCAAUAUCAAUUCUCGGAGAUUAAGCAGAAAAAACAAACACGUGCUAGUUCUAUAUCAAGUGAAAAUUUUUGCUCUUCACGUUCUUCAAGUUGGCGUAAUGGUCCACCUUCAACUGGUGCUCAUCAUACUUGUAAUAUACCAAUGAAAAUGAUGGAUCCGAAUCGUAGACGACAUUCGGCUUGGUUAAUCACACGUAAAACAUCACAAGAUUCUAAUUUAUCUAGUUCACGUAAUGAUUCAUCUGCAUCAGCGACUACAGCUAGUACUUCAACGUUCCGUCUGUCACGUUCGAGUGCGGGAAGUACAACUCCACUACCAUCUAUAAUCGCACACAGUAGCAAGUCACAACAACAUCAGCUAUCAACUUUACCAAAGCCAAGGCUUGUACGCCAAGAAGCUGUGCAGGAAGAAGAAGACUCUUCUCCUCCACGUUUAGGUGUACGUUUUCUACCUACUAUUCCAUCAGCAGCUGAUAGUUCAGUUGUAAUGGAAGAUGGAGACUCUGCUGUUAAUGUGACCGGCAUUAUAGCAAUGCCAAUUCCUAAUACAAGCAGUGGCUACUAUGCUGUAGUCCAGACACAAGCCUCUCAAACUGCAGGUGCUACAACUGUACUGACAUCUUCAACGAGUCCACAAUAUACCCCAACAGAUCAUCCACCAUGACAAUUUCGUCGCUUCGAACUAAGCGGACUGCAGAAAGCAAGUGAUAAAAUACUUAAACGUGGUAAUACGGAAGCAUUACUUUAGUUUCGAUUUUUGAGUAUUAGUCAUUAGUCAAUUUUUUUAUAAGUAGAAUUAAAGAGAAUUUAAGUAUUCGAAUGCAAAGCAUUUAA